ACACAGUCUGCAGUAAUCUUGCACAACACCUUCUCUGUAAACCAGAGAUCUGCCAUAGCAUGCUACUUGUCGUUGCUAAAGGCUGGGAAGCACAUAGAAUCCCUUGCAUCAAUCUAUAGAAAAAGUGUCAUGGAGAUUUGCAUAUUCUUCCUUUGUGCUAUGAUAUUUCUCCCAGGUAUUGCUGCCAGUGUGCAUCCAGUGAAGGCAUUUCUCCAUCACACUGUACACCUAUCCUGCUGUUUUCCAAACUCUCAGGAAAUUGACGUGAAGAAUUUAAUAAUCUUUUGGCAAAAAGACAAUAAAGUGGUGCAUGAAGUAUAUCAUGGCCAAGAAAAGCAUGAGAACCUUAGUCCUGAAUAUAUAAAUCGCACCAAGGUGGACAUGGCCAAAUGGACCUUGCAGUUGUUAAAUGCAGGAGUUGAGGAUGAGGGACACUAUAAGUGUAUUGUUAUGGAAAAAACAACUGAACAACCAAAAAUGGUCAUACACCAAUCUGAGUGGUCACUGCACAUCAUUGCCAACUAUAGUCAACCUGAGAUAGAACUGCACUCCGGGGAACUAAAGCCCAAUGGAUACUUGAACCUAACCUGUUCUUCCAGUGGAGGUUAUCCAGAGCCCAAGGAGAUGACUUGGCUGAUUUCACAUGAGAACAAAACACUCAGCAGCCCGGCUCACAUGAAUGUCUCACAGGAUGCUGUGACAAAGCUGUACAACGUUACCAGCAAGCUGAAUAUCCCAGUUCCUGCAGGGAGCCCCACUAAUAUCAGCUGCUUGCUUCACCUUAGGGAGCAGCUGGGAAGCCUUGUCUCAGUCCCACUGAGCAUAGAGAUAAAAGAGAAAGAAAUGGAGCAAGCAAAGAUAAAUUUCUUUGGCCCACUUAUAGCUGUGGUUGUAGUGAUCAUUUCUGCACUUCUUCUGGGUUUUGUGAUAUUAAAGAAGAACAGAAAUAUCUUGUCUACCAACCAGAGUGUCAGUCUAGCAGUCUAGAAGCUAUCCAGCUUGAAACUGAGGCCAUCAGCCAGACUGCUGACUGGGAACCACCUCUGCACCCAGCAAAGCAUGAGGUCCCAUGUUUUUAGAGGUUCUGCCAGAACAAGAAUCCUCCUCAGAAGCCCUACAGAACAACAUGCAACACUUUUGUGUGAUGGCUGAAACCUACUGCCCAGUGUUCUCUGUUUUUAUUGUUGCUCCAGAAUGGUAGUAGAUGGUAGUAAACAUGAUGCUCUGCC